AUGAAGUUCUUCGCCUCUGCUCUCCUCUUCGCUGCCACUGCUCUGGCUCUCCCUUCCUCCGGUGACGGUGCUACCAGCCAGGGUAACGGUGUUCAGUACCCCCUUUCCAAGGACGUUUCCUUCAACCAGGCCAACGCCAAGUGUGGCAACGACGCCGUCGUCUCCUGCUGCAACAAGAAGUCUACCACUGGCUCGGUCACCACUGCCAACAACGGGCCCCUCGCCGGCGUUCUGGCAAAUGCUGUGGGUGGCGGCCCCGGUGCCGACGGCCUGGGUCUCUUCAACGGCUGCAAUGACCUCAACCUGAACGUGCCCGUCCUGAACCUCGUUCCCGUGAACGCCCAAGAUCUGGUCAACAAGAAGUGCCAGCAGAACAUUGCUUGCUGCCAGAACACUCGCUCCGAGGCGAACGGUGAUCUUGUCGGCGUUGCUCUGCCUUGCGUCGCUCUCAGCAGCCUCAUUUAA